AUGAAACCACCACCAAGAUCACUCGAAGAAUGGUUAUAUAGGGCUUUAAUGGAAUCACCGAGAUUCCAUCAUUAUGUUCGUCGGGUUCAUGCUAAGAUUAAUAGGAUUCCAAUGCACGAGGAGGUUCAUAAGACGAUGGAAGCAGGAGACUAUGUACCCACGAGAGCUCACAAGUUUAAUGCAUUUAGAAUAAUUUGGUUUGAUGAAUUCAAGAGAUCAUUUGGCUUUGGAAAACGUUAA